GGACUUCACAUGUGCGCCUUAUUAGUCAUUUUGUUGUGUAAAAUCUCUUAGAAAAUGCGUAAAUGCGUUUCGUUCAGAACUAAUGCCUUCCAUGUUUGCUCUCAUGUUAAUGAUGCUGGAGCUCUUGUCCUCUCUGCCUCGUCUCCCCAAUCGUGGAAAACAAGCUUUCUUUCUUUGCCGCAUCCAAUAGAAAAAAGUCUCAGCCCCGAGGGUGGGAUUUCGACAUCGGAGGAUCCAGUAGUGUUUUUAUUCGGUUACUGCAGGAAUGUGCAGAGGGAGAGGAAGAGAGAGGGGGGUGUAUGGUACAACAGGGACAGGCCAGACUGGGGAGUGAGGAUGGAAUCAUAAGUUUUCUACUCCCAGGGAGAGAAAAAAUCCUCUUUUUUUCCUCUCCACGCUCCGGAACCGCUUCAUCUGUCUGCAAUGAUCCAAUCGGACUCUGAAAACUGAAAGUGUUUCCAGUGUGGCGGGGCAUCGGGGCCGCUAGCGGCGUCGGAGGUGGCUGGAGCCAGGGCUGGGGACGCUGCUUGCGAUGGGAGCCUGACAGUCAGGGACAAGGGCCCCGGAUCCCAGUGUUUGACUACCCUGUCUGGUUAGUCCUCUGUCGUGGGGGACGUGCCAGGCUCAGGGAGGUUUGUCAGAGAGGGAGGGGUGCCAUCAGACUGCCCACAGACAUGCUCAGCAUCAAGCUUCCUCAGCUCUUUGACAUCCACCAGGUCCCCAAGGUGUUCAGGGAGGACAGCAUCAUCUCUGGAUACCGUCACCCUCGGAGCUCAGCGCUGGACUGUGUCCUCAGCAGCUUCCAGAUGAACAACGAGACCAUCAACAUCUGGACCCACUUCUUGCCAACAUGGUAUUUCCUGUGGCGUUUCUUCGUCCUCUGCUCCACCCUGAACUUCCUGACUGACAGCUACACCUGGCCCCUGCUGGUGUACAUGCUGCUCAUCUGCAUUUACCCCUUCACCUCCAGCUGCGCACACACCUUCAGCACCAUGUCUCCAGAGUCCCGCCACAUCUGCUACUUCUUUGACUACGGAGCGCUCAGCCUCUACAGCCUGGGUUGUGCCAUCAGCUAUGGAUACUAUGUCAUGCCAGACUCAUGGGUGAAUAGUUUCCUCCAUCAGCAUUUUGUCCCCAUCGCCGUUGGAAACACAUUGUUCUGCACCAGCCUGUCCUGCUAUUCCAGGUUCUUGGAGUUGCAGUUCCCACAGAGAAGUAAAGCUCUAAGGACUGGAGCAUUUGUCGUCCCAUUUAUGUUUGACACUGUCCCUCUGUUUUACAGGGUCCUUCUGUGCUGUGGGGGAAGCUGCAGCCCAACUGAUGCCUUGUCCAGUCACUGUUACCACCUCCUCUUUGCCUUCCUCACCUGUUUCCUGUUUACCGCCCACCUCCCGGAGAGGUUGGCCCCAGGGCGAUUUGACUACUUUGGCCACAGCCACCAGCUCUUCCACGUCAGCGCCGUGGUGGGGACCCACUUCCAGAUGGAGGGCGUGAUAGCAGACAUGAUGUCGCGGCGGGCGUGGCUCGUGGCGCACGGAGCGAUGCCCUCCUUCCUGGGGACCAUCGGGGCGCUGGUCGUCAGCCUCAUCCUCAACCUGAGCAUCAUCGGUAUUUUCAGCGCCCCGCUACUGUGGAAACCCUGCCGCAGCUCCAGUCAGCCGCACACGUCAUCCUGCGAGUGCAAGGAGCAGUGAGGGUGUAUUUUCCACCGACAGCCACAAAAUGGCUGAUUUCACUUUCCAAAGGAAAGGUUUGAGCUGUUUGUCUCAGCAGUGUGUGUUUGAGAUGACUAUUAACAGUUCACAGUAGUGCUUGUUCAACACCAAUAGUUUUAUCAUUCAGAGAUAAAGGUUUUGAUUCAUCAUGUUAAAUGCUGAAGAGUUUUUCUAACAAUGUUACACAACUGAAGUAUUCGCUCGUGUGUUUACUCAGAAGCUGAAGACCCAGUCAUAUUUAUAAAGCCUUUUUCUGAUGAUGAUGACAUUAAUCUUGAAUGUGAGAGGCUGAAAACACAUCUGUUUAAUUUAUUGUCAGUGAUCUCUAAUGUGCAUUUUAAAAAAGGCUCUGGGUUGAAGGAAGCAUGCUGUAAUAACACGACACAUAAGUGCCUUAUUAUGUAGACCUGCACUUCAUUUACAGUGUUUACAGUAGAUCACUACAAAUGCACGUUUAAAUCUCAAACUGGAAACAGUAUAGGUCACAGUUUGCAGGGAUUAUAUUUUGAGUUAAUGAUCCUUUUUUGCAUAUUCUAGUAAGACUCUCCUUUACUUCAUUAAGGAUUUAUUGAAAAUAUUCUUUGUAACUGGACUGCUUGGUUAGUGUGGUUGUUCUGUGUGUAAACCAGUAUAGAUGACCCUCAUUCAACUCAUAAUAUAAUGCAGAUUGGAUUGCCAGCUCUUUAUAUAUCCACCUAUUGAUUCCACUCUGCACUGACUGGAAUUGAUUUGCAGGCCAGUGUGGUUCUUUUUCUGAUUGCCUACCUUAUUAUGAACCCCACAAUCUGCCCUCAACAGGGAGAAAAAAAACUUGCAGUGUGGUGGUGAUUAAAAGACAGGUACCAUUUUUAUGACGGUGUGUUUCCAUGGCAGCGCCAUAGUGGCCUCAUGCCCCCUGAAGGUCUUCAGCAAUUUUUAUGUUCAGAACAAAUGGCACCAUUUUCUCUUGUUCUUUCAUCAUGUACUGUAAGAUCCAUUCUGAACAUCUAUCAUAUAUAAUUACACUUGAAAAAAAGAAAAAAAAAUCAUUGGCUUUAACUUGAUUUUACAAGAAUUUGCAUAUUUCCAGUCAAGCCUAAUUUCCAGCACUUGUGGUUUAUAACAGUUACCUGUGGAUUUAAGAGAAAUUGUGAGAAAAUAAGUAUAUUUAGUUACAGUUUGGGGUUGUAUUAAUCUGGGAGCCUUGUGGUGUUGCAGUACUUUGGUGCCUAUGUAGUAUAAAAGACCAGUAACACUCCUUAUAUUCUGUUAUCUUCUUGUCCCAUGGGAGACUGUUUACAUUUACCACUGAAAUAAUAAUUGUCUUCUAUUUAUAGAAUUUUACUAUAUUUAUUGCAUAUUUUACUUGCAGAAAUAGGAAUGAGGAUGAGUGUUUUUUUUCUUUUUGUGGGCCAUCUGAAAUAUAUAGAUGAGGUAACUAUAAUUCUUAAUACAUUAAUGAUUCAUAUUGAAGCAAAGUUCAUCUUAUCAAGUUAUUUCUGACCAUUAUUAAGCAGUAAAAUAAAUGUAAAAGCAUUAAAAGAAAUUAACAAUAUUGUAUAAUAUUUUUUGGACAAUAGUUUUUCUGUGUUUAGCACCAUUAUUUUGGCCUUUUGGUUGGACUAAACUCUGGAAAAUUAUAAUGGCCAUUUUUCCCAGAUGAACAGUUAAACCAGAAAAAUAACUGUUGAUGAAAAUAAUCAUUAGUUAGAUAACAGUCAAGAUAUUAUCUCUGAUGUCAUUUCUUUUUUUCUUGUUUUUAAGUAAGUAAGCUUUCAAGGGCUAAUUUAAUGGACACAAGUAUCUUGAUAAGAUGCAUAAAUGAGAUAAAUUUAUCAAUAAUUAUUGUCAUAACAGCCAUAGCAGUAUACACACACUAUGAUCUAGAAAGUAGUGCUUAAUGGGUUUUGAAAGGAAACUGGGUGUCAAACAUUACUAAACAUCUCUGUUGAAGCACUAAUAUACAGUAGGUACAGAUUUCAGUAAUGCACAUGUUACUUGACAAACAGCUUGGAAGGCUUUUAUGUAUAAACAUGUUGUAAAGCAUUUAGUGGCACAAAUAAACACGUAAUUCCAUCAGUAACACCAGUAGUUCUUAGACACAACCUGCAGGACACAUGUCUAACACACACACACACACACUCACACAAGCCUGUUUUAUCUGCGUCAGUAGAGAGUUUAAUAAGAGGGGAAAUGUAUGUGAUAUUAUGGGAAUGAGGUGCGUUACAGGUCCAUGUUGGAUACUGGAGUAGAAAUGUCGCAGGGUGAAAUGUGUAGAAUCACAAAGAACACACACACAGACACACACACUUCUGUAUUAGGGCAUUGUUUAAGAUGUUUUCAAGGUUAGUGUGCAGAGUAUAAAAGUCAUGUUGGCCUUUUAUGUUGCAGACAAAACAGAGCAGUAUUAGCCCUCAGUGUGGUUUCCACAGACUCUUGUGUUUUAUCGCCACUCCUCCAAUCGAUUUUUAUUUUCUCCACAGUCAUCAUCUUACAGUUUGACCGUGUUGAUUCUUGGAAUUGCGUCAUUUCUGGCCUCUGAUUAAUUCUGUUCCUAUCGACCCAUGUUAGUUUGGAACUCCUUUAUUUCUGACCUGCUGUUGUUUUUUGUUUUGUCAUCUCACUCAUUCUCAUCUGAUCAGUAUCAGUCAUGAUAUUGCUUUUUUGAAUUGCAGUUACACAUUUAUUUUUGACCAAAUUAUUAAAUACAAAUCCAGAAAUUCUCCAGACCAGAUCACUGUUAUUUUAAAGGAUUUUUGUACUUUAAACCUUGUUGUGUGUAAUUAUCAGGAAAACUGGGCACUUUUCUUAAAUACAGUGUAUUGAAGGAUGUUUGAUAACGUGAAACAGAGAGCGAAAACGAGUGCAGGAUAAACCAUUUGAUACAACAAUAAUGUUACUGUGUCAAAAAAAAGGAAAAACUGGGUUUGAAAGGGUUACUGGUGCCUUUUUAAAAAUGUUUUAUGCAACUUUUCUUUUGAUAUAAUGCUCCGUUUAUUCCUUAGCUAUGUAAAAAGAAAUUACAACAACAUGCUCUUAAAAUGUGUAAAUACUUAUUUGUUCUUUGUUGUGUAUAAUGUGUAAUUUGCUACUUUGUUUCAUUAUCUGUGCCUGUGUAAUAAAUUAAGCCUUUUAUAAAUGAA